AUGGCGUCCAGCCGCGAUCAUCUACGGUCUGACACACUCCCGAGUCUAUCUACAGCGCGAACGUCUCCCCCCUCUCUAUCGUCCCCACCCAGACCGGCGCUCCUCCGAGAUGCCCUCAGCAUAGAACCCUUGCCCCAGACCAAGCCAGAUCUCCCUGGAGCCGACAACGUGCUACCUAUACACGUAUCCGAAUCGGUUCAGGAAGCCGCCUUGUCGCUGCCUUACUCAACACUACAGCAGUUUCGGAAGUCGACUAGCCGGCGAUCGAAGAAAGCGUUGUCCACCGACUGCAUACCGCGACAGACAAUUUUGAAAGCCCUGGCCUCCCGGGCUACGAUCAUCACCAAUAAUACCGAUAUGUCGGGUUCUAAUAUCUCGACUGCGCUAUCGAAUUUUCAAUUGAGCGGAUAUCUCGAUCGUUCACCUGCCGCGGCUCGUCUGAUACUGCAAUCGCCAUGUUAUUUCCACCAACGCUUCGAUGAUGCCGUCAACAUAAAAAAGGUGUUGGAGGAAAUCGCCGACGACGAGUGGCUGUCACAUUCGCGACUGGUUCAGACAGCGACUGGUGUUCGUGAAGUGUCGAAGCAACUACAGCGACGACCUAUCAAGCGAGCGGUGCGAAAUGUCAUGAUUGUUACCAAGGCGCGUGAUAACAGCCUGGUGCUCUUGACCCGGGAAGUUGCCGAGUGGCUACUUUCGACCGCAAGAUACGGAAGUGAACUAGGAGUCAAUGUCUAUGUAGAUGCGAAGCUGCGCAAUUCGAAGCGAUUUGACGCUCCGGGGCUAUUGCAGAAAGACCCGAUGUUUGCGCAGAUGUUACAUUUCUGGACACCGGAUCUGUGCUGGACAUCGCCAGAUAAGUUCGACUUGGUGCUGACCCUUGGUGGUGACGGUACCGUUCUUUUCACAUCGUGGCUCUUCCAGCGCGUGGUUCCGCCCGUGCUCUGCUUUUCGCUAGGCAGCCUGGGCUUCCUCACAAAUUUCGAGUUUGCCGAUUACAAAUCACAGCUUAAUGCCGUUAUGGGCGAGGUGGGCAUGCGCGUCAAUCUGCGCAUGCGGUUCACAUGUACCGUAUAUCGGAAAGACCGGAGCAAAGGAGCAGAGCUGGGCGCUGUUGAAGAGGGCGAGCAAUUCGAAGUACUGAACGAGCUCGUCAUCGACCGCGGCCCGUCCCCCUACGUGUCGAACCUGGAGCUCUACGCCGACGACGAGCUGCUAACAGUCGUCCAAGCAGACGGCUGUAUCUUCUCGACGCCGACUGGUUCCACGGCAUAUUCUCUGUCCGCCGGCGGAUCUCUCAUGCAUCCGUCCAUCCCGGGCAUCCUCCUCACCCCAAUCUGCCCACACACCCUCUCCUUCCGCCCAAUGGUCCUCUCCGACUCCCACCUCCUCCGUAUUGCCGUCCCCAAAUCCUCUCGAUCCACCGCUUACUGCGCCUUUGACGGCAAGGGCCGUGUCGAACUCCGCCAGGGCGACUACGUCACAGUCGAAGCCAGCCAGUACCCAUUCCCGACCGUCGUUUCCAACAACAACGAAUGGUUCACCAGCGUCCAGCGUGCUCUGCGCUGGAACACGCGCGGCGCGGUCCAAAAGAGCUGGGAUGGCGGCGAAGCCGAGGCGGAAGUGAACACUGAUCCCAAUGAAGACGAACAGUGGGACAUCGACAUGGACACCGUGCUCGCUGGUCCAGACAGCGGCAUCGGUCCCAGCGAAGACGGGGAUGCUCUGUCGCCGAGUCCCAUGCGUCGGCAAAUGAGUUUGCUCAAUAUGUGA